GUGCAAACCCCUGGCUAUGACUAGGACGGUCACGACGCGAGACCAGCCAUUCGAAUCCAGUAUUAGUGCGGUGUAGAGUGCUUGCUCGGUGUUUUUAAUCGGACGCCUGCCACAUACCCCCGAGUUCCCAUUCGAUUGUGACUUCGAGAGAUACCGGUGGACAAACAAAAUGCCUUUCAAACCAGUAGAGCACCCCAAGUGUCCCAAAUGCGGCAAAUCCGUGUACGCCGCGGAAGAACGAGUCGCCGGAGGCCUCAAAUGGCACAAGAUGUGCUUUAAAUGCGGUCUCUGCGGCAAAUUGCUCGACUCGACAAACUGCAGCGAGCACGAGGGCGAACUAUUUUGCAAAGUCUGCCACGGUCGCAAGUUCGGUCCUAAGGGAUACGGCUUCGGUGGAGGCGCUGGUUGUCUGUCCAUGGAUCAGGGCGAACACUUGAAGAGUAGCGACGUGGAGCUCUCGCGGGGAUCGAACGCCAUAUUGGAACCGCGAGCGAUCGCGAAGGCACCGGAAGGAGAGGGAUGCCCACGAUGCGGAGGAUACGUGUACGCCGCCGAGCAGAUGCUGGCCCGCGGAAGGCAAUGGCACAGGGAAUGCUUUAAAUGUGCCAACUGUGCCAAGAGAUUAGAUUCCGUCAAUUGCUGCGAAGGUCCUGACAAGGACAUCUACUGCAAAGUAUGCUACGGAAAGAGAUUCGGACCCAAGGGUUAUGGCUACGGCCAGGGUGGUGGCGCCCUACAAAGCGACUGCUACGCCAAUGGCGAUGCUGCACCUCGUACCACCGUAGUCGACACCGCCGCGAUCAUGGCCCCACCCGGCAAGGGUUGUCCGCGUUGCGGCGGCGUGGUGUUCGCCGCUGAACAGGUGCUCGCAAAGGGUCGCGAAUGGCACAGGAAGUGCUACAAGUGUCACGACUGCACCAAAACUCUGGACUCCAUCAUCGCCUGCGACGGGCCCGAUAAAGAUGUGUACUGCAAGACCUGCUACGGAAAGAAAUGGGGACCGCACGGAUACGGAUUCGCAUGCGGAUCAGGAUUCUUACAGACCGAUGGCCUAACGGAGGAUGAAAUUUCGGCCAGUCGACCAUUCUACAACCCAGAUACGACCUCCAUCAAGGCACCAGCUGGACAGGGUUGCCCGCGUUGCGGUGGCAUGGUGUUCGCUGCUGAACAACAGCUCGCGAAAGGCACCAUGUGGCACAAGAAAUGCUUCAACUGUGCCGAGUGCCACCGACCGCUGGACUCUAUGCUAGCCUGCGAUGGACCCGACAAGGAAAUCCACUGCCGAUCCUGCUAUAGCAAACUCUUUGGACCCAAAGGAUUUGGAUUCGGACACACCCCGACUCUCGUUUCGACGAACGGAGAUCACGCUCCUUCCUACAUCGACUCCAAGCCCCAGGUCGGCCAGAAGCGAAAUGACGGUCACGGAUGCGCGCGCUGCGGCUACCCGGUGUACGCGGCAGAGCAGAUGAUCUCGAAGAACCGCGUGUGGCACAAGCGUUGCUUCAGCUGCGGCGAGUGCCAUCGUUCGUUAGACUCGACGAACCUGAACGAUGGCCCUGACGGCGACAUCUAUUGUCGCGGCUGUUACAAUAGAAAUUUCGGUCCCAAGGGCGUGGGCUUCGGUAUGGGCGCGGGCACCCUGACGAUGGCCUAAAUUCACUCUCGACAACCAUAACGAGAUGCUCGAAUCAGUCUUAUAUAUAUAUAUAUAAAUAUAAUAUAAAUAUAAUUAUAUUCACGGUGUAUACGCGCUAAUGAAUGAACCUGGACGACGGGCCACGGCCCACGUUCAUUCGUUCAUUCGCGCGUGUAAGUAAUGUAUAUGUAUAGACGCCUGACUCCUCGACUAACUCCGACAAAUGACGAAGAAAUAACGCUGCUCCGGAAUUAAACAAAAAAAAAACAAAGAAAAAAGAAAAAAAUAGAAACGUUUCACCUUUUUUUGUCGCUAUCGACGAUUAUUUUUACGACGAUACGAUCGGGACACGCACCGAGACGUGUAGGUUCGAUCGGCAAUCGCCAAUCGGACUUUGGGGGUUGCCCACACGAUCCCUUCGACGACGUAGCACACGAACGACCAACACAAACACACACCGAUCACGAUUAUCGAAUAUAUAUAUAUUAUACCGACGAACACGCAAACUUUUAUUACUUUUGUAUGGCGAAAAAUUCGGCCCGCCGGGUACCUCGCGCGGGACAGACGUCGGGUCCGAUCUCCUUUCCAGGCGAGACUGAUCUCACGUGGGCAGUUAGUUCGAAGACGGCCCGCUAAGCGGCGCAGGAUAGUUGUAACGGGUAGAGGGAGCCUCUUGGUGGGAGAAAGAUGGCGGAUAGGUAGAGACACUUCACCCGGAAAGGAGACCUUGAACGUCGUCGCGAGAUUGAUCACGAGUAGCGGAUGGGACCAAGCCCAGGUACUAAUGACGAUCAGCUAACUUAGUACUCACGGUACAUUGCCAAAUAUGUGAUAUUGCUCAGCUUGAUUACAAUCCUGCAAUGAGUAUGAAGAUACAGGUCUGAGUAUUCUAACCUGUACAACCAUCGAAUCUUCUUUAACCAAUAUUCCAUUUGUAUCGAAGACUUGGAUGAACCCUGGGAUAAGAAGGUUCUAUUGUACUCUGGGUUCGACUACACUUGCAAGUGUCUUCUUCAUAGGUUAAUCAUUCAGGUUCGAAUAUACGAUUCGUUGAAGUUUGGUCCCAUCCCCAACGACGAGCAUGCGAGCAACAUAGUACAAAGGAGAACCCGUAUACCUGGACCGCAAUCAGGAGCAACGAUGUAAUCAAACGACGACUAAAGACGAGAGAGAGAGAAAGAUAUAUAUAUAUGAGAAGCACAGAUGAGUAAAAAAAAAAAAAAAA